GUACAUACAUUUCUUUGGUUGAAUAUAUUGCAAAGCUUGCGAAUCAAAUUAAUAGUUUCUUAUGGAAUGAUUAAGAUAAAACCUGCAGAGAUAGCAGCUUAAAAGUGGCUCUAUUAUGAAUUUGUAUUUAAAUCAAAUUGUUAAUUGUCAGGAUAUUGAGAGACUUAAUUUCCAAUGUCAAAUAUCCAAUGAACGAACUUCAGAAUUGUGGUUGUUAUUGACUGACGUGUAAUGUUUCCAACGGCGGACGCUGAAGAUAUCAUACAGGUCACGUCACUGAAGAAGAUACCAGGUGUUACUAGCGAUGUGCAAAACUCGGCUGAGAAUACACAAAUCGUUAAACAACAAAACAACAGGGAGCUAACCCUCAAUAUGUUAGUUAAGGAAAUGGUGUUUUGUAUUGCUCUUGCACUGACUACAUAUGGAGCUCUUCAUAAUUCACCAACAAAAAUAUCAAACCAUCCUCAGGCUGUGAGAUUUUUUGAUUAUGGGUCAGUAGUAACAGAUUGGUAUAGAGGACAACUUGGUAAUGCCCUCUCAGUCAUCAACAGUGUGGAUGUUUCAUUUGUUAUGUAUUAUGCACCUUGGGAUGCAGAAUCACAAUAUGUCCGUGGAGAGUUUGAAAAGGCUGCCUCAGUAUUAAGUGACAGAGUACAUUUUUCUGCUAUCAACUGUUGGAAUCCUGGGAGUGAAUGUAGAUUGCAACAUAACAAAAUACCAUCAUGGCCUAUUUUGAUGGCUUACACUGUUACAUCACGAGGUGUACUAUAUAAAGGACCUAGAGAUGCUCAUAGUAUGGUUAAGUUUUUAAAACUGAUAAUGUACCCAUUAGAGAGGGUUUCGUCUACAGAAGAUCUUGUUAAUUUGCUUUCGAUGUGUGAAGCUGUAGCAGUUGCUUAUACACCUCUUAAAGAUACAUCAAAAUAUUAUAACAUCUGGUAUUAUGUUGCACUUAAAGCUCGCGAGUAUGAUACUAUUGGUGAAAUAUGUUUUGCAACAGUAACUUCGCAAGAUUUGGCUGUGGAGUUGGGAGUUGAGUCUGUACCUAAUGCACGUCUCAUGCUGUGGAAUGAUACAAAGGAGUACAUAACUGAUGACCGUAUGCAACCCUGGAAUGAAUCUGCUCUUCUUAAAUGGGUUUUAGAAAACUUUACUCAGCCAGUAGCUAGAAUUAUACCAAUGUGGAAAAAAGCAUUUAGUUUUGAAAAAUAUGCUGAUGGAAAUCCUAUUCUAAUGCUGUUCACACCACUUAACCCGCUGUACCAACAGCUGCCCUCAUAUGAUUUGUUACGUGAAGUUGCUAUGGAAUAUUAUAACUGCAAUAAAACUGAAACAAGUCAAUGGAUAUCAGAACUGAUAAAAUUGCAACAAGUGCAGAGGUUAUUAUACCAACAGAAAGAUUUUAAAAAAUAUUGUCAAGAAUAUAAAUUCAGAAAACCACUUAUGAGAUCCAAUAAAUAUUAUAAAAAAGAAGUGAUAUCUCAAAAUAAUAAAUAUCCUUGGAACAAUGUUACUCAGAAAAAUCAGAAAACUGGAACAUUCGCUUCCCUCUUAAAGAAAAGCUUAGAUAUUUCGCGAUCAAUUAAAAAUAUGGAUGAUGAAUCUGAAAUGAUUAGUUUAUCAGUGUUUAAUCAGUGUGAUACUACUGUAAUGCCAGCUGAGAAAAACUUCAAUGACAUAUAUGAGAAAUGUGAAAAACUUGAAGAUAACUUCAGUCAUGAAGAAGAGGUGGAUAAUGACAUAAGUUUUGAAACUUCAAUGCUGCCAUUUGAAGACGAUCCUUUGUCUCCAGAAAAUCUUGUGCAGGAUAAUGUGAAGCAUUUUUGUAAAGUUUUUAAAUUUGCCAAUGAAAUUGGACAACCAGUAGCACCUGCCAAAGUUCGUGGUUCCUCAGAGAGACGUAAUAUCACUCAUGUAGAGGGUCUUGCGUGUGAAAAGAACUUCACAUUACACAUUUUAGCUGUCGACAGUGUCCGGAAUCACCAUUUCCCUGAGUUCCUAGGUGUUGAUAUUAGGAAAAUGAAAGAUAUGACUGCUGUUGUCAUUUUGGACAGCAAGCUUGAAACUCAGUACGUUUUAUCAGAAGAGUACAGUGCCAAAUCAUUAAGAGAUUUUAUCUAUAAUUUCACUCAUAAAAACCUUAAACGUUCGUUACGCAAGCACGUCGAAGACGCGUCACACACUCAUUAUUUUGGUUCCGACGGAAAUUCGCCUUCCGCCAGCAACGAUAGCAUCGUAGACAUAGUAGACCUAACAACACAGACGUUUAGAAAAAUUGUAAGGACCUCGGGAAUGGUGCGUUUGGUGUGCGUGUGCGGUGGCGGUUGCGGUGCGGCCACAAGUCGUGCGUUGUUGGAAGCGGCCCGUAUGCUCGCCGCGUGCGGUCUGCCCGUACUGCCCGCUAGACUGGAUGCGCUCAGGCACGAUCUGCCCUGGCAGUACACCGUGCAUCAUUAUCCUACAAUCUUCGUCUUCCCCGCGGAUACGGUCCACGAGGCCGACAGUCGUGCGUAUCCGUCUGGUGCGCGCGUGACGUCCAGCGGGCUCGUUGCGUUGGUACUGCGUUCACUGGGACCCCUACAGCAUCUGCGGGUUCGACUGGCUUUAUGUGCCAAUGCAAAGAUGAUCGUAGAGAAGAAAACGUGCCUCAAAGAUAUUAGAGAGCAUGUCACAACGUUCAUAGCCAGAAACCUGAAAUAUUGGCGUCGCACUACACAUAAGGAACUGAAAGCCGCAUUUCUCAAGAGACUGCAAUAUCUACACGAAGUAUCAUUAAAAUUAAGCGUACUUCAUACAUCAGAUCUUAACGGAAAAAGUGAUAUACAUAAAAGUUUACUAGAUACGAUUAGUGUUUUAGCGAAGAGUUGGGAUAUUGAUCUUUCAUUAUUAAGAAAAAAUAUCACGUCUAUAAGUAACGGGACUACGAGUUGAUAUUUGAAUAAAUCACAAUAUGUAAAUAGUGUACAUUGCUCAUUUUAUAAAGUACCUAUGUAUGUUAUUUAUUUUUAGAACAAAAUGUUAUUAAAACGGAGAC